AUGUCUAGUGACAAGAGACCAUCAACGGCCUUACAUAGGGUCAUUGAAAAAGUAGUCUCAAUUUCAGGAUUUGGAGUAUCAACAAAUUCACAAUCACAACCAAUUGAUCCAACAUUAACUGAAGAUAAUUCAAAUAAAUUAAGUAAAAUAACAUCAUCAACAAUUCAUCAAAAAUUUUCAAAAUUGAUCAAAUUCAAUAAUAAAUCAAGAAAUUUGGAGAAAAAAUUAAUAAAUGAUAUAUAUUCAUGGGUUGAUACUAUCCCCAAUCAAGAGUGUUCACAAAUUAUAAAAGAUUUUAAUCAUGUAUUUGGAUUACAAUCAGUAAAUAAUACUGAACUAAAUGAAAGAUUAGAUAAAAUUAAAAUAAGUCUUAAUUCAGUAAAUGAAAGAGAAAAAAAACAAAAAAUUCUAUUAGCUGCAAAAUUUAAAACUGAAAAACUACUUAAAGAAAAUCAAUCAAAAUAUGGUCCAAAAGCUUCAUCAACAACAUUAACAAAUGAAAAAUUAGAAAAUAUUGAAUGUAGUUUGCAAGUUAUUGAACAACAAUUUUUAAGAUCUAUUUCCACCGACUUAAAGGAAACUUUAAUUGAUUAUAUUAUUGCCCUUCAUAAAACUUCAAGAAAAUUACAAGAUUAUACUGAUGAGUUAAUUCAACAUCUAAACAAUAUAGAAGACAAUAAUGGUGGGUCUCCAAUUGAAAAUGAAAUUGCUAGAAUCUCACCUAAUAAAUAUUCAAGAUAUAAUAAUUCCAAUGGUAACGGAUUGAAAAGAAAAAUCCCCAAUUUUUAUGAAGAUGAUCAAAACUCAAAACAACAACCAAUAAAAUUGAAAAAUUACGAUUUACCAACUCCUCAAUCAACUUGUGCAGAAUGUAAAAAAACUCCAUGUAUUCAUACGUAUCAAACUCAACCAGAUUUAAGUAUUCAACCGUUAAGAACUCAUGCUCAACAACAACAACAACAAGCUUUACAACAAGUACAACCACAACCACUACCUAAUAUGCCACCACCAAAAUCUCAUGCUCAGUCAAGGGAUAAUUUUGGUUUUCAUGAUAAUAAUAAUUAUCAUGAUCAUGAACCAAUUAGAGCUCCUUCAAUGUAUAGUGAUCAUUGGAAUUGA